UUAUGUGUCUGUGGUAAAGUUCCAGGAACAGCCGCAAUCAACUGAUCUGAAACGUAAACAAACAACACAAACUACAAAAACGACCGCACCAGUCGCACGUUCGGCUGUGCUGGCGCAACUUUAACGAACUAGCCCAGUUCAAUCGCUUGUAUGCAGAACGGGUGGCGAUGCGAUCGACCAUACUGCCUAGCAAAACAUUGUACAUAAUUAACAACCGCGAUCCAACGGAAAGCACACUAGCCCACGAUGAAUCCAAUGACAAACAUGAAAAAUGUCACCAAGCUCAGCGAGCAGGAUUUGAAAUUGGGCGGCAAAAGCUCGUGGCAUGAUCAGUACAAGUCGAGCGCUUGGAUCUUCGUCGGCGGCCUGCCCUACGACCUUACCGAAGGCGACGUCCUGUGCGUGUUUUCGCAGUACGGGGAGAUAGUGAACGUCAACCUGGUGCGCGACAAGGCGACCGGCAAGUCGAAGGGGUUCGCUUUCAUUUGCUACGAAGAUCAACGGUCAACCGUCCUGGCGGUGGACAAUCUGAACGGCAUUAAGCUCGUGGGCAAAACGCUCCGCGUCGACCACGUGCAGGACUACCGGCCUCCUAAGGAGACGGACAAAACGGACGACGAGACACGCCAGCUAUACAUGGAAGGAUGCGCACCGAAGGCAGAGCACCCUAGACCAGAAAAGCAAAAGGACCAAACGGUGAAGUCGGAAAAGCGCCACAAAUCGAUCAAGAAAGAAUGAGACUAGCGAUGCACAACAUCCUCAGUUUUGAUAAAUAGAUUAAGGUAUACAGUCUGA